UUCAUGUUUUUCUGCUUCACACAGUGAUUGGUAAGCGGCUGGUCUUAUCGGUCCUUCGUGAACUCGUUGAUCGUUCUUCGACCAAGAUCCAUUUAGGGGAACAUUUUUAUUGGUAUCAAUCCCACAAACUAAUUUGGCAUCAUGGCAACCACACGCGUUGGCCAGAUUCUUUUCACCAAAAGCUUGCAAAUUGGUAGAAAACCGCAAUACUUUGCAUCGAAUGUGAAAUUUUAUUGUUGUCAGGUUUCAAACUAUGAGUACAUCAAGGUCGAGACUGUCGGUGAGAAGAAGAACGUGGGUCUUGUCACCUUGAACAGACCAAAAGCGUUAAACGCUCUUUGUGAUAAAUUGAUGACUGAAGUAACUGAUGCUGUAUCAAAAUUUGAUAAUAAUGAUGGCAUUGGCGCUAUCGUCCUUACCGGCAGCGAAAAAGCAUUUGCUGCUGGCGCUGAUAUUAAAGAAAUGCAGAACCAGACUUACUCGCAAACGAUUAGGGGAAAUUUCUUGACCAGUUGGGAUGGAGUUUCUAAGGCAAUCAAACCUGUAAUCGCCGCAGUAAACGGCUAUGCUUUAGGAGGUGGUUGCGAAUUGGCAAUGAUGUGCGAUAUCAUUUACGCCGGAGACAAAGCGAAAUUUGGGCAACCGGAAAUUGCUAUCGGUACGAUACCUGGUGCGGGUGGUACUCAAAGAUUGACAAGAGCCAUCGGCAAAAGCAAGGCGAUGGAAAUGGUACUUACAGGAAAUCAAAUCACUGCUGAAGAAGCUGAGAAAAAUGGUCUGGUUAGUAAAGUCUUACCAGCCGGUCAACUUGUUGCUGAAGCUAUUAAAUUAGCCGAGAAAAUUGCUUCUCAUUCGCAGAUAACUGUCGCCAUGGCUAAAGAAUGUGUUAAUACAGCUUAUGAAACCACUUUGAAAGAAGGACUUCACUUUGAGAAGAGAAUGUUCCAUGGUACAUUUGCAACGACUGAUAGAAAAGAGGGAAUGACUGCAUUCGUUGAGAAACGUCCCCCGAAAUUCACAAACGAAUAAAAAAAGAGAUGAUCAAUUGUUAACUUAGGAUAUUACAAAAUAAUACUUAUUUUUUAUAUUUUCUAUAUCUGUUAUCGAGAUGAGACAUGUUUUAAUAAAAUAUGUUUUUCAAGAAAA